AUGGAGGCUAAAUCAAAUUCAAUAUUUUUCUGCAACUUGUGCACCUUGCAAUUUCCAAAUAAGAAAUUGUAUGAGGCACAUAAAAAACAUGAUACUCAUAAAGCUAAGACUAAGGAACAGGGUGUAGUUGUAAACAAAUCUAAUAAGGACGGAUUUGGAAUUUAUGUGAGAGGUUAUCCAAAUAAUACAAAAGAAAAUAGUUUGGUGAAAUAUUUCUCCCAAUUUGGAAGUGUCAUAUGGGCUCAUUUUGGCCAUGACUUCUUAUUGUUGGAUUUUACAGAACAUAAGGCUGUCGAGAAAGUUAUGGCAACAAAGUCACAUUUUUUUCAUGGAUGUAGACUUUUGGUUAAGCAUAAGAAAAAACGAGAUUUACACCCUACAGGUAAUUUCUCUGAAGACCAGUUUGAUGAAAAAAUGUAUAAGCAAAUAAUCGAUGAACUGAAAGAAAUCAACAAUUUCGACCACGAAUGUCUUCUUCUAGUCGGAAGACUACAACCCGACCAAAAUGACUCUGCAAGAAAAUGCAACACUAUCUGCCAGGAUCUUUACAACACUUUACACGAGAGAUAUUAUAACAUUCGGAUCCACCCCUUCGGUUCUACAUUAACGGGACUAGGAUUCAAGAACAGCGAUGUUGACGUGUAUUUAUCAAAUGUGACAGAUGAUGACAAGGAUGGCGUGGAAGUUAAUCAUUUAAAUGUCAUUAAAAGACUUUUGGUGAAAUCUUAUAAGUUUAUCAAUUGUUUUGUAAUCGCCACUGCAAAAAUUCCCAUUAUUAAAUGCGUACAUAAAGCGACAGGUAUUAAAUGUGAUAUAAAUAUAAACAAUAUUUUAGGGGUAUGCAACACCAAACUAAUACACUAUUACCUUAGUCUUAAUAAUAAGCUGAGGCAAGCAAUGAUCAUAUUAAAAUAUUGGGGAAAACAUCAUAAAAUCACCGGACAAAAUCAUUUGUUCACUAACUAUUCUUUAGCUUUGAUGUUUAUAUUUUUCCUACAACAAGAACCAUAUAAGUUUCCUUCAGUUUUCUCUCUGCAGCAGUUUGGAUGCCAACAGUAUCCAAAUAUACAGGGGGUAUGGAACGGGGAGUUUGUUCCUAAUUACAAGUUUUAUAGUGACAAGUUGUCAUAUACAAGUUUACUAGAGUUAGUGGAGCAGUUUUUUAGCUACUAUUUACAAUUCUGUUAUAAAACUUUGAUUAUUUGCCCCUAUUUAGGUAAGCCAUUACCUAAAACUUACUUUGCAGAACCAGCUAACCUUCCUUAUUCCUAUGAACGCUAUAAACGGUAUGUUUUGUCCGAUGACCCUGAGAAUUCCAGUAAAAAACGUUUAAAAGCUGACUCUGCUAUAUGCCUUCAAGAUCCAUUUGAACAUUAUCGGAAUACUACAGCUGUAAUAGAUUCGGUACUUGAUAAAUUUGUGGAUUUUUGUAAACUAGGAAAAACCAUUUGUGAAGGGAGGAAAAAUGUUUUGUAUAAACUCCUUACUGAACAGCCCCCAAAUUCAAAGAGGCCAAAAAUUUAUUCCGAAGAGGAUUUAUUGAGACUCUCUCUACAUAAAAUUGGAAAUCAUUGUAGUGAACAGGAAUGGUUUAAUAGAGUGGUGAAUUUUAUUACUAUUGUCUUAACGGACUUUCUUUUAUUUAUGACAUUAAAUAAAAUCGAAGAAACAUCCACUAGCGAAGACACAAAAAACGGGAAUCAAAGUGACAUGGGUGGUUUAAGGAAAAUAUCCUUUACAUAUGGUGGGAGAAUUGAUAUGUGGAAUGCAAGAAAAGCCACGGCCAAGCAACUGAAAUUGGGUAAUUUAAGUAACAAUUUAAUUGAACGGGAAAUGGCUAUAACGAACCAUUUGAAAGAGGUUUAUAAGAAUUUUCAAAAUAAUGAGUUUAUUAUAAGUUUUGAUUUAACGAUAGAACAGUGUAAGGAUGCCGAAGUAUUGAUACAAGUUAGGAAAAUAUCUGCAUAUAAGAAGUCUUUCAAAUCAUUUGCCAUGUUUCUUUCGGCAAAUGUACCUUUGUGGUUCGAGAUUUAUGAGAAAGACUUAAGAAAAGCCACCGCAACAAAUUAAAUACAUUAUCUAAAUAUUAUUCCUAAUUUUUAUACAGAAUAGUUUUGGGAAAAAAUACAGAAAAUUUGAUAAUAUAUUUGGUCUAUUUUAGUGCAAUUUUCUAACUUCUUAAUCUUUUAUUAAUUUAAUUUCCUUUCCCUGUCCUAUCUUCUAAAUUUCUUAGAAAUGGUUUUCAUAAUAUCUUAUAUUGAUAAUUGCUUUCAUAUGUGGAUAUUUAAUCAAAUAUGUUUUUUUUUCGUUCACCCUUUUUAAAUUCGUUAACAUCCACUAAAUGGUAUUUUAUAUAGUAUAUUUUAUAUAGUAACCUAGAAGUUUAUUUUCUUAAUUGACUAAAAAAAAUUAAAAAUUGUAACAUAUUGGAACUGAAAGUGUUGAAAUGUGUUAAUAAAAUUAUGGGUAAAUAAAAUUACAGGCAAAUGAUAAUUGUAAUAGUUAAUACAGAUGUAUACCUAUAUAUAUAUUUAUUAGUAUAUGUUUUAAAUAAUUUAAUUUUUUUGUUUAAUAUGUAUUUGAAUUUAUUAUUUCAGAGAAAACUCUUUUAUUUACACAUUCACAGGAUUUUCAAAAGAAGUUAUUCUUUAUAGAAACUCCUGUUUUAUUCCAACGUCCUAAAAUCCUUGAUUUAUGUACCAUCUAUUCAGAAAAUAAAAAUAAUUAAUAUCCUUGUUUGUAAUUUUGAAUACCUGGUAUAUAAAUCUGGUUUCGGGUAGUCGUAGAAGCAGUUUUUAUGAAGAAUGACUUUCAGGAGGUCGGAUAAGUAAACAAGUUUUCUCUUCGUCUUUAAUAGUGUAGUAGUAAAUUCAUAAACAAUCUGUAUAUUGUUUUGUAAAUAUUCAAACUAUUGUAUUGUUAUGCAAUUGUACAGGGUAGUCCAUUUAAGACAAAAAAUUGGAUAUUCUCAGAAUUUUUCAAGAAAUUGAAGAUAACCAUUCGAUGUACUUUAGGUCGGAGAAUUUGAAAAUCGUAAUAAAAAAAAAACAAGACUUCCGCCAGAAAUGUUGCAUUUUUUUGACAGAACACCCUAUUUAUUAUUCCAUUUUUGGAUUUUAUGGCCAAUUCUAUUUGUUGUGAACCGAGAUUUUAAAUAAGACACCGAUUAAACUUCACA